ACGAGACUAGUGCUAGCUUGGGGUGGGGCCCUGAGGCAAAAAUCUUGUUGUGCUGCUCCCUCUCUCCCCCCUGGGACUCUCUGCGUUAGUAGGAGCGUUUUAUUCUCGGUUUUAUUAGUUUGAGGGGAAUGACGUCAUAGACGGAGAAGGCUAUGGAGGGCCUGAGUGCGUGCGAGUGUCCAGUUUGCUUCCUUCUCCUGAACCACACUACUCACGAGCCUAUGUCCAUGCCAUGUGGCCACACUCUCUGCAAGGUGUGUGUGGAUCAGUUGGCAGGCAGAGCCAGUAGCACGGCAACCAGAGGAGGACAGACGCAGCGGCCGACUUUCCAGUGCCCCAUCUGCCGAGUCUGGGUCAAUGGAGAUGCCGUCUCUCUCAACGUCACUCUCAGAGACCUCCUCUCUGAACUGGGGAGGAUGGAUGACAAGAGAGUGUUGCCGCUGGGAACGGCUCUGAAUGUGGUGUACUCUGAGGUCGUAGUCCAGGAAACGCUGGACAGAGGGGCCUUCGGUGAAGUCUGCCGCAGUACUUGGAGAGGAAAUGAUGUGGCAGUCAAGUUGUUCAGCACAGGGAGGCCUACACCAGAGACAAUGGAGGCGUUCCAGAGAGAGGUGUAUGUGAUGAACUGCCUCCGUCACCCAAAUGUCGUCCUGUUGCUAGGAGCCUGCCAGACUCCGCCCAAACUAGCCAUCAUCAUGGAAUACGUGGCCGGAGGCUCUCUGCAUCAGUUGGUUCAUGUUGAUAAGACAGUUCUCUCAGAGUCUCAGAUAGCGUCAUUGGCUACUGACAUCUGCAGAGGUCUUCAAUAUCUUCAUUCUAUCAAUGUCCUGCACAGGUUACUCGUGUUAAUGCCUUCGUUUUUUUUUUACACUUCAACACUUACACUACCUUUGUACAUAAAAGGGGGGUUUUGCAAAUACCGUUGCAACUUUAUAGCGUGACUGUCUCCAUUCCAUUCCAGAGAUUUGAAGAGUAAGAAUGUGUUGCUAACUGGCCCCAUUCCAUGUCAGGCAAAGCUCUGUGACUUUGGCCUCUCCAGAAUGAGGCUGGAGUCUGCCACCAUGACAGGCAACAUAGGGACGGUGCACUGGACGGCUCCGGAGGUCCUGAACAACGAGAGAUACAAAUUCUCGGCUGACGUGUAUGGCUUUGGAAUGGUCCUGUAUGAGAUGAUGUGUGGGCGUGUCCCCAUGGGUCACAUGGUUCCCAUGGCAGUCAUGAUGGCCGUUGCCGUGAGGAGAGAGAGACCAGCUGUUCCAGAUAAUGCCCACCUCACAUUCAAACAACUCUUCAGCAGCUGCACAGAGUGGGUCCCCGAGGACCGUCCCUCCCUCCCCACCAUCCUCUCCUCCCUGUCGGACCUCCUGCCACACCCCCAGACCAGGGGGGCAGGGUCACAGGGGGCGAGGCCACCACUCCAACACCAGAGCAGUCUGGGUGUUGUGUUCCUCAGUGCAACUGACUCCACCGACCUCAUGGAGCAAGACUCCUCCCUCUCUCGCCUCGCUCGGCAGAACCAGGCCACACCCACUUCAAAUGCCACACCCACUGCCUCAACAAACAUGCUCGUUACCAGGCAACAAUCUUCACCCCAUCGUCUAGACAACGAUAUAAAAAGAAACGUUUUACCUGAAAAGGAGAGGUUGCCACUCAACUGGAGCAGUGAUAACAAAGUCGCUGUCUCAAAACUGAGGAAACCUGCUAAAAAGGCAAGAGCAAAAUAUACUGGCAGAGGAAAACUAGACCUGCAGAGACAGCAGAUAUCAGAGUCAACUGUUCCAGUUGAUGAAGAGAGUGAGAGGACAUCACUCAACAUGGCCACUGCAGUCCAGCAAACUCCGCGGGCUCCUCAUCCAGAACCCAGGAAGACUGCUCUCGGGGAAGGCAAUGCUCCCUGGCCCAGACGACAGGAGAAGAAGGUCAAGAAGAGAAUCGGGGAGGACAAGGAUGUGAUGCUCGCAAGAGAGCUGCAGGCCCAGCAUGACGUCGCCCAGCUACAGGCAGACAGAGAACUUGCCGAACAACUACAGAUGAAGGAGAACUCCUUUCAGUUGCCACAGGCAACGGACCCAAAGACCACGCCCACUUCAAUAUUUCCUCCGCAGCCUCUUCUGAACUCAAUCAAGAGCAAAAUGUUCCCUCAACUGAAACACGUGGAGUCCACCCCUACCAAGGAGGCCCCGCCCACCCAGAGUUCACUGAGGAGGAAACUGAGCUCGCUGAUUCCUCGCUCUUUCUCCACGAAACCCUCUCCGCCUCCCUCUUCCUCCCCCGCAUUGUCGUCGAGCAAGGAACCAGUCAAACCAGAAUUGGUAACCACACCCCGAUCCAAGAUGGCUCCACGUGUCAGGGUGCGUGAGGAGCUCCCUAGUUACCCUAAUUACCAGAACAUCGCAGGGUUCUCUCGUUACCACGAGCACACUGCUCCACCCGUUGAGACACACACAGUUGGUGCCAUGGCAGCUGAUUCCCGUCCCCCUCCCCCUCCCCCUCCUGCUGUUCGGAGAAUACCUCUGUCGCCACAGCAACUGAUGCUGAAAGACGUUCGAGCUCGCGGUGCCGAUGUUGCUAGGAAACUGAGACCAGUCCAGACUGUUGAGAAACGGGCAUUUCGUGUUGGUCAUGUUGUUGGAGGAUACGACCAGCAGAAGUAUCUGUACACCACUCAGAACCUGAUUCAGUCUUUCAGCAAACGAUGGCUGAGACCUGUAGCCUUUGUGGAACCCCCUCCUGCCUUCCCUGUCGGCCAUGUGGUUCAGGGCAGGUGGAAGGUGAAGAGAAUGUCAUCAAGUCUCGAGAAUGCCAUGAGUCCUGCCAAUGCCAGUCCCCUCCCUCCCCCUCUCCCUCCUCUCCCCUCCUCCCCUCCUCGUCGCAGACUCCACCCAGCAAUCAGGACAGCCGUGGAGAGGUUCUCGCGGGGCAAUCUUCACCACGUGGAGACUGUCGUCAGGCAAUCACUUCCCGACAUUGAAGAGCUGUCCAGGGAGAGAAGGUCAAAGGUUAUUGAGGAGCUGUUGGAAUUUGAUCGUUCCCUACUGAUGACAGUUGACACCAUCUUUAAGAACAAACUACCUUCUGCUGAUGUGCUGGAGAUAGAGCGACGUCAGGCGGUGAACUCUGACCUCACUCAAACCCGAGACCUUGUCUUACACUCCGUCCUGACCUUUGACCCUGCAGGCUUACACCAUGUGGUGACGAAGGUCAAGAACCGUCUCCCCUCCAAAGGCACAAUAGAACUGGAAAAGAUGGAGAAUGAAGCCACACCCACUGAGUCACAUGACGACUAAUGACACAUUAGUCUAUUUUUAGCAUUGCCUAAUUUAUUAGUUGACCACCAUCAUUCUCUGUUGUAGUAUUAUUUAAGGAUUUGUUGCUAUGGUGAUAUGCUGAUUAAUUUUGUUAGGGUGUCCAUGAAUGUUUGGAACGAUGGGUAUAGGUCAUUGUCAUGUUUGCAGAGGUCAAUUGCUUUCUGUUGGGCAUCCACAGCGAGUCUGUUGUCCCCGGCAACGUGGUAUAGGAGAGCCAGCGUGUGUAGAAGUAGAGGAGUGGGUGGAGCUUGUGUUGACCUUUGUCGGAGGUCAUAUAUUGACUGGAGGAUGAACAUGGCUUCAGCCUGCAUGCCAGCGUCUAGUAGUAGGUGAGAAUGGGGUGUGGUUUUGUUGGUCAGCAGUUGAGAGAGAUGACCAUGCCAUGCCUCUAUCACCUGGUCAUGUAGGGAGGUGGCGAUGUCAGGUCGACCUUCUCUGAAGAAGACGGAUGCCAUGUGGAAGUAGCCACCGGCAGCCUGGGGAGAAUCCGUUC